UUCACCCAGGAGAGUAAACCAAGACUGCAUUUCCAAGGCCUGAACAUCCCUGAUUUUCAUUCUGUGUUCCUGUGCAAAAGAUGUCAAAAAACACUACAAACAACUCAACUAUCAGUCAACCAGCUGUUCUAGGUGUGUUCCUGGGAAGCAUUUCACUCAUCACUAUUGUUAUGAAUAUAUUAGUACUAUGUGCUGUGAAAACUGAAAAGAAGCUGCAAACCGUUGGCAAUUUAUACAUUGUCAGCCUCUCUAUUGCAGAUCUGAUUGUUGGUUCAGCUGUUAUGCCCCUGAACAUUGUUUAUCUCCUCAAUUCUCAGUGGAUUCUAGGCUUACCAGCCUGUUUGUUUUGGCUAUCAAUGGAUUAUGUGGCCAGUACUGCAUCCAUUUUCAAUCUCUUCAUAUUGUGCAUUGAUCGUUAUCGUUCAGUUCAGCAACCACUGAAAUAUCUCAGGUAUAGAACAAAAAGGAGAGCCUCGGUAAUGAUUUUGGGGGUUUGGUUGCUCUCUUUCAUGUGGGUCAUUCCAAUCCUAGGAUGGCAUGUUUUUGCUAAUGAUGGGAAAAGGAAAGUAACCGAAACCAAGUGUGAAACGGAAUUCUCUGAAGUGACCUGGUUUAAAGUGUUGACAGCCAUUGUGAACUUCUACAUACCCUCUAUCAUGAUGUUGUGGUUCUACUAUAAAAUAUUCAGGGCUGUUAGAGAACACUGUCAACACCGAGAGCUCAUCAAUAGAUCACAUCAAUCUGUUUCAGAAAAAAAACCCAAACAUCAUCGUAAGAUGAAGGACAAGCAAAAUAUUUGCCUCCAAAAUCAAAUCUUAGAUGAGAACAGCCCUCCCAAACACAAACAAAGCUCCCCUCAGCCUGAAAAUAUGGAGGCAGAGCUUCAGUUCAGUAAUCCUGACAAGUCUUCAAAGGCAUUUGUUGGCAAGAGUAAUAGGAAAGUCCUUAAAUGGGGCUGUUUCCCUCUCACCACUGCCCAGUCUGAGCCAGGCCAGGAUAAAGCAGGAAAGAAGCACGUGUGUGUAACAGAAGAGAACGAAACUGAAGAGGAGCCUUGUUCACAAGACAGUGACUUAAGUGAUGCAUCAGACAGCCAGACUUUCAGUGACGAGGUACCUAACGGAGAGGGCUCCAAUCCUAACCCUGAAAGAGCUGGCAGCCCUCAGGAAAAGACGGAGAACAGGGAUUUCAAAGGACUGUCUUACCUGAGGAAAACCUGGCAAAGUCUGCAUGCCCAUUCCAAAACUCGCACUCAAGGACUGCAUGUGAACAGGGAGAGGAAAGCAGCUAAGCAGUUAGGGGUCAUAAUGGCAGCCUUUAUGCUGUGCUGGAUUCCCUAUUUUGUAUUGUUUAUGAUAAUAGCUUUCCAUGGGCAUGAAAGAUUUUCACAGUUACAUAUGUUCACUAUAUGGCUUGGCUAUGUGAACUCCACCUUGAAUCCAUUCUUGUAUCCUCUUUGUAACCAGAAUUUCAAGAAGACAUUCAAAAAGAUCUUUCACAUUCACUGAUACUGGUCUGAUUUUUGUCAGCUUAAAAGCAGCUCAAGAUUUCAACCAACCAAAAUGUUACAGUUUCAAAGACAAACACAAUGGGGAACAUACAUGACUUUGGAAAACUGUAAUUGAUAAACAAGUGUUAAUAAAAGUGGGAAGUGUGCAUUUAACAGCUUUACACAUUUGAAGAGGAAGUAAUUCGCAUCAGGAAUAUGAAAAACUCAGGGGCAAUCUCAGAACUGAUACACUGCUUACAACUUGAUAUUACCUCUUUCGUCAUGUAGAACAAAAACAAGAAUACAAAUAGAGAUCUUCAGUGACUAUAAAUUAUUCAGCUACAGCAAAAGAAGAGAUGAUGUUUCUGCAAUUGCCCAAAUAUCUUUUCUCUUUAAACUUACUUAAACACGGGAACAUUGUGAAGUGAAGUGAAAUCUGCACGUCAAGGUACUUUGCAUAGUCAAAGAAAGAAGCUUCAGCUGUUUAAAAAAAUCUAUUUAUUUAUAGCUUUGAUCAAAUCAUAAACCUUUUUGAAAUGUCAAGUCAUCCUGUAACCUACUGCACCUGAUACUGUGCUUGCUUCAUUUAGACCUGUACAUGUUAACUUCACUGAAACAAAAACAAACUGGGGUUUAUAUCCUACAAAUUUUGCUAAGGCUUUCAGACUCAACCCAGUCUGUUUAUUCAGGAAGGGUAUGCUGCUGUUUCUAGACUCACAGAAUAUAGUUGCUUAUAGACAACAUGUAUUUUCUUCUUCCUACAAGCUGGCAAUUAACCUAAGUGUGCAAUGGCACUACUAAUCCAUAUACCCUUAUCUUGUAGUAGGCAAACUUUUCUUAUUAUAAUGAGGCAAAUUC